UUUCUAUUAGAUUUGAAUCAUGGAAGACAAGCUUUUCUGAUGAACUUUAAUAAAAUGAAGAUCUUGACCAUAGUUACUUGUCUAGUAGCUUUACCAACCACAAUCAUGCUCUCACUGAUUUAUCAGAAUAAUAUUGAGGGUUCGGCUACCGACAAGGGCGGAAAAGUUCAAGAUGUUUCACAUUUUUUCAUUGGUUCAGAACAGGAUUCGUCAGAUUCUGACGAAUUACUCGGUGGACUAUUGGCCUCAGGAUUUGAUGAAGAAUCUUGCUUAAGCAGGUACCAAUCUGUUCUGUACCGAAAAACAUCCCCUCACAAGCCUUCCCCGUAUCUUCUUUCGAAGCUACGUAAUUAUGAAACUCUUCACAGACGCUGUGGACCUUACACGAAAUCCUACAACAGAACCCUGAAAGUCCUGAACUCGCGAAAUAUUCAAAAUUAUGAAGAGUGCAAUUAUGUAGUCUGGACAGGCCUUAGAGGCUUAGGAAACAGGAUUUUAAGCAUGGCUUCAGCUUUUCUUUAUGCUCUUCUUACAAAUAAAAUUUUGCUUGUCCAACACGAAAAAGACAUGUCGGAUCUGUUCUGCGAGCCAUUUCUCAAUACGUCGUGGUUACUGCCUCAGGAUUUUCCAUUGAAGAAUCAAUUCCAAAGAUUCAAUUAUACAUAUGGGAGCAAGCUAAGGGACAACAUGCAUAUGAUUAAUGGUUCAGUACCAUCAUUUCUGAAUCUAAAUCUAUCAUCGGCAAGUGAUGAUUACGACAAGCUUUUUUACUGCGACGAGCAUCAAUUGUUUCUCGAAAAAGUCCCGUGGUUGAUUCUAAAAUCCGACCUAUACUUCAUUCCAUCACUCUUUCUGAUCCCGAAUUUCGAGCAGGAGCUUGGCAAGAUGUUUCCUGACAAAGAAUCUGUUUUCCAUCACUUGGGUAGAUAUUUAUUCAGCCCUUCAAACAAGUCAUGGGGACUAAUCACCAGGUUCUAUCAGGCUUACUUAUCGAAAGCAGAUGAAAGAAUCGGUAUGCAAAUAAGAAUAUUCAAUCCUGAAGCUGUUCCAUUUCCUGUCGUAACAGAUCAAAUAUUAGCUUGUACUCAAAAACAAAAUGUGCUGCCAGAGGUAGACAAACACAAGCUUGUUACUUUUUCUCCAAGGAAAAACCAGACAUCGUCCAAGGCGAUACUAAUAGCCUCAUUACAUUCUGAAUUCUACGAAACUAUACGAAAACUAUAUUGGAAAUAUCCGACAACGAAAGGCGAGGUGAUCGGAGUAUACCAGCCGACUUUCGAGAAGCAUCAACAUUUUGGGGAGAAUCUGCAUAAUCUGAAAGCAUGGGCUGAAAUAAAUUUAUUAAGUAUGAGUGAUGUUUUGGUGACUAGCACAUGGUCAACUUUUGGCUAUGUUGCUCAAGGACUCAGAGGGUUAAAGCCGUGGAUUCUGUUCCGGCCUGCGAGUUGGAAGAACCCUUAUCCGACCUGUCAACAAGCCAUGUCGACGGAACCGUGUUUGCAUCGACCACCCACUUUUGAGUGCAAGGCUAAGCUAAAUGCUGAUAUGGGUUCAGUUCUUCCUUAUGUUCAGCAUUGUGAGAAACCAGUAGUUUCAGGAAUAAAGCUUGUUAACAAUUAUAAUAUUUAGUUUCUAGUAAUA